AUGUCUGAACUCAACGUCCAUACGUUCUACCGCGUCUGGUUCACCUGGGUUGAUCCACUGACCGUCCUCCCAACCGUCUACGCUCUCAUCUUCACUCCCGAAUUCAUUCUCGAUGGCCUCAUCCCACUGAGCAUGUCUGCGUACAACCCAGACCAGGCCUUCUUAUUCCACCAACUGGCUGCACUAUACGCGUUUGUCGCCAUCAUGCUGGCAGUCCUUCUAAGAGUUAGCUCAGACAUCAAAGUAUGGAGAGUCGUCAUUGGCGGCGUGCUUCUCAUCGACAUUGCGAUCUUGAUCAGUGUCUUUGUCAGUAUGAGACAACAGGGUCGGUCUGAGUUGUCAAUGUUCAGAUGGCAAGACUGGGGGAACUAUCUGUUCACUGGUUGGGUUGCUGUUGUGAGGGCUUUGUUCUUGGCUGGGGUUGGAGUUGGCGGUGUGAACAAGGGAAAGGUGGCUUGA